AUCGCUUUAUAACUAAAUCUUAAUGAAUGGCUAGAGAAAUAAUACAAAUUUCAUGUGAAAGCAUUAGGAAUUUAAAUCUCAGGAAGUAUCAAAAACUCCAUCUUUCUUUCUGUUUAUACGACAUCCGGUACACAUGGUCGCUUCCUAACCCUAGUAAUACCGUAUAGACAUUUUAUAUGGAUUUAUAUAAAUUAAUUGUUCAGAAAUAUUGAAUGGAAUAUAAAAUACAAGCAGCAUGUCUAAACUUUACAUCUUGUUUGAACAUGCUGCUGGCUAUGCCUUGUUCUAUGUUAAGGAGUUUGAAGAGGUAGGAAUGUUAUUGCCUCAAGUUGAAGCAUCAGUUACAGAUCUCCAACGCUUUCAUUCAGUUGUAAAACUAAUUGGAUUUUCACCUUUCAAAACUGCUUUGGCAGCUCUUGAAAGUAUAAACAAUAUUUCCGAAGGGGUUGUUCCAGAAGAUUUACAGCUAUUUUUAGAUUCAUGUGUACCAAAAGCUGGCAAAAAUGACAAAAUAGUUCUAGGUGUAGCAGACCCAAAACUUGGAGCUAGUAUUACCGAAGCAUUAGGCAUAAAAUGUGAUCACACUGGUGUUGUCCCAGAAAUCAUUAGAGGAAUCAGAUUUCAUUUUCAUAAUUUGGUAAAAGGUUUCACUUCUAAAAGUUCUGGAAUUGCACAGCUUGGACUUGGCCAUAGCUACUCUAGAGCUAAAGUGAAAUUCAAUGUUAAUCGUGUAGAUAAUAUGAUUAUACAAAGUAUAGCUUUGUUGGACCAGUUAGACAAAGAUGUCAAUACAUUCAGUAUGCGUAUAAGGGAAUGGUAUAGUUAUCAUUUUCCAGAACUUGUGAAAAUAGUUCCUGAAAAUUAUAUGUAUGCCAAAGUUGCACAAGCUAUAAAAAACAGAAAAGAACUUACAGAUGAAAAAUUAGAAGCCUUGGAAGAAAUUGUUAUGGACAGUGCCAAAGCUCAAGCAAUUAUUGAUGCAUCAAAAUCAUCAAUGGGAAUGGACAUCAGUCCUGUUGAUCUUCUUAACAUUGAAAUGUUUGCAGCGCGCGUUAUUGCCUUGGCUGAUUAUAGAAAGCAAUUAGCGGAGUAUUUGAGAUCUAAAAUGGCAGGAGUAGCGCCGAAUUUGGCUACAUUAAUAGGCGAUCAAGUAGGAGCUAGACUAAUAGCGCAUGCUGGAUCUCUUACAAAUUUAGCCAAAUAUCCUGCCUCUACUGUACAAAUAUUAGGGGCAGAAAAGGCCUUAUUUAGAGCAUUAAAAACAAGGGGCAACACUCCAAAAUAUGGAUUACUAUUUCAUUCGACUUUCAUUGGCCGUGCAGGCGCAAAAAAUAAAGGUAGAAUCUCGAGGUACCUUGCGAAUAAGUGUUCAAUAGCCUCAAGAAUCGACUGUUUUACUGACAUACCAACUAGUGUUUUUGGUGAGAAAUUACGACAACAGGUGGAAGAUAGAUUGAAAUUCUAUGAAACUGGUGAAAUACCUAAAAAGAAUAUAGAUGUAAUGAAAGAAGCAUUGCAAGAAGCUGCACACAUAAUAGCUAGUAUGGAACAAGAAUCACCUAAAAAGAAAAAGAAGAAAAAAGAUAAAAAACGAAAAAGUGAAGGUGAAGUGUUAGAACAUGGAAAGGAAAAUGGAUUUAUUGAAAAUGGAGUUUUAGAACAAUCUGAAGAACCAGUCAAAAAAAAGAAGAAAAAGAAGUCCAAAAGUUUGGGUUCUGAUGAGUGAAAACCUAUAACAAUAAUAUUAAUUUUCCUUAUUCAAUGAAUGAUAGAAAUGGUAUAUCAGACUAAAAUUUCAAACAUUUUUAUAUAUUCUAAACAAAUCUAAUUGCAAAUUUUUAAAUCCUUACUUAGUUUAUUGUAUAUUAGUAACUGCAUAUUCUUAUUAAAGAAUUAUGUUUGAAGACAUAUUUUUUCGAACAUUACAUAAUUGGCUUAUGUUUUCAUUAAAAAUUAUGUAUUAUUUCUGAAUGGAUAACUGUAAAAUAUAAUCUUUUGUAACUUAAA